AUGUCGUCUAAGACCUCAGAGAAGGGAGAUGCCAUCGCUCCCAUGCCCGCGCGGAGCAGCGGCAGCAUCGAAGCCAUCAAGUUGGAGCCCAAUGAUGACGCCUUUGAAGUCUUCAAGAAGCAGGAGGGACAGGUGGACUUCCGCACUGUCUCAUGGAUCCACGCUUCAGUGAUUUUCCUCAAGGUCAUUUUCGCUACCGGAGUGUUGACGAUCCCAUCGGCCAUGUACGUUCUGGGAGCUCUUCCGGGCGCAAUCAACGUCCUCGGCUGGCAGUUCCUGAACACGUACUGCGCCAUCAUCCAAGGCAACUUCCGCAAUGCCCACGCGGGCUGCCACUCUAUCGCCGACAUGGCGUAUGUCGUCGGAGGAACAUGGUUGAAGGAGGUGGUAGGAGUUUUCUUCCUGGUCACCUACGCCAUCGUCGGUGCCUCUGGUAUCUUCGGCUCGUCGGUCGCUCUGAACGCUCUCUCGAACCACGCUGUCUGCACCAAUUAUUUCAUGCUGGUCGCCACGGUUGCCGUUUUUAUCCUGGCUAGUGCCCGAAAGUUUGAGAAGAUUGCGUGGCUGACUUGGGCCGGGUUCUUGUCCGUGUUCAUUGCGGUCUUCAUUGUCGUUGUUGGAGUUACUACUCGUGAAAGACCAGCGGCUGCUCCCCAGACGGGUGACUUUGAUCUGGGAUACCACGUCAUCGGCAACCCUACAUUCGUUGCGGGUAUCACAUCAGUAGCCACGAUCUUCUGCUCCGGAGCGGGCACGUCUGCCUUCCUGCCUGUGAUUUCCGAGAUGAAAAGACCCAGGGAUUACAACAAGGCUGUUUACCUUUGCAUGGGCAUCGUUACGGCGUCCUACCUGUCAUUCAGCCUGGUCGUCUACCGCUGGUGUGGACAGUGGGUUGCCUCACCAUCUCUGGGAAGCGCCGGCGACGUCAUCAAGAAGGUCGCUUACGGCAUUGGAUUGAUAGGUCUCUUGGUCAGUGCCUGUCUUUAUAUCCACGUUGCGGCCAAGUACAUCUUUGUCCGCAUACUGCGAAACUCGGAACACCUGCAGAAGAACUCGGUCGUCCACUGGUCAAUUUGGCUCGCCUGCACCUUUGGCAUGUCUGCCAUAGCGCUAAUAAUUUCGAGCGGCAUACCGAUCUUCAAUUAUCUUUUGGCCUUGGCCGGCUCAUUGACUUUUGCGCCUUUGGCACUUGGGUUACCUGGGUAUCUCUGGGUUUAUGAUCACCAACACUACCGCAAAGGCAACUGGUGGCAGACUAUUGUCUAUUACCUCAACUGGCUGAUGAUUCUGCUGGCUGUAUUUCUGACAAUCGGUGGAACGUAUGGUGUAGUUCAAAAUAUCAUUGAUGCAUACGCGAGGGGCGAGAUUGACCAGGCAUUUUCCUGCAAAGACAAUAGCAACUCAUCUUAG